AUGAGUGGUCUGGACUCGAAACUAAUCGAUGAGUUUAAAUUGGUUCCCGCAUUGUACGACAGAACUCAUGCAAAAUUUAAGGACAAAGCAUUCGUUGAAAACGCUUGGAACAACAUAGCCGAACAACUUUGCUAUGACGUGAACAUUCUCAAGGACCGGAUGUAUCAAUUAAGAAAUCGGUACAAUGUGGAAAAACGUAGAUUGCAAUCACUGCGAGAUGACGGUCUACCGAAUCCAAAACCUAUGUGGCCCCUAUACCAUAACCUCAACUUCCUCAGCAGUCACAUAAGACAACGGAAAUCCUAUAAAACGAUGAGAAUGCGAACAGUUACCGUUGAAGCGGGCUUUCGUGGUUUUACCAAAGCGGAAGGAUGUCGUUUCGUUCGUCCAUAUGCGACAGAUCGAACUGUUGAAAUAAAAAAUGAAGUUGGAGAUCAGCUCAAUCUGAAUGGCGAUGCCGAUGAAUCUAUGGAUACCAGCAGAAUAUCGCAAACACUUCGAAACAUUGACAGAUUGAAGCAAUCCCUUCUGGCCGAUAACGAUUUUUCCGGCAUAGUUUCACCAGAAAAAAUUCUAAAAAAUCAUCAUCCAUCACAAAAGUUUGAGGCGUUUGGUUCGUUUGUCAGUGAUUCUUUGCAAGAUUUACCUGAGAACAACGCGCUGGAAAUAAUUGCAAGAUUUACCAGCGAAAUUGUUCAAGCAAUAAUCGAACAUGGACUGGAGUCUUCCAAUUGUUAA